AUGGGUAAAAGUCAAAGCCGGUUGGAUACACCCGUGAUUGUUUCUAUAGACUUUGGAACGACAUUUACCGGGUAUGCUUUUACAUUUUCAUCUAAACCGGCAUCUAUCUAUACGAAUCUUGGCGAUGUUCGUGAACCAACGUGUAUUUUGUUGGAUUCUGAACAAAAUUUCGUGGCGUUUGGGAAACAAGCCGUUGAAAUGUACAACGACCUCUCACCAGACGUAAAGACUGACUAUUAUUUCUUCAACAAUUUCAAAAUGGCUCUGUACGAACCAACCAUUGGGAGGGGGACACACAGGGGGUCAAAGGUGGAUGAAGAAUUCAAAGAAUUUCUUAUCACUCUGUUUGGGUCCAAAGUUCUGAAAGAAUAUCAAGAGAAGCAUACAGAGGAGUUCUUUGAUUUGUUUCGAAAGUUUGAUGUGAAAAAGAAGUCGUUUAGCACAGACACUCGGGAAGUGACUAUCCCAUUUGACUAUGAUCUUGUCACUUUGAUUAAGAAAGUGACCGGAAAACAAGUACACGAGGCCAUUGCAUUGUACCUCGGCUCAGUCAAAUUCCAAGAACAUGGGAGAAAACUUGUGCUCGACCAACACACGAUGGCGGGAUUUUUUGAGCCCACAAUAAAUGUUGUUAUCGGCAAAGUACGACAUAUUUUGGAUGUUUGUAAGGAAGAUUUGAUUUCUACGCUCAUGCUUGCAGGGGGCUUUUCAGAGUCGCCUUAUCUAAGAGAAAAGCUUGUGAGUGCAUUUCCGAAAUUGCAAAUAAUAGUUCCGGAUGAGCCAUCGCUAGCGGUGGUGAAAGGAGCACUGCUUAUGGGAUUGGAACCUAAGAAUGUCAUCCAACGAAGAGCACAGUAUUCAUACGGAUUUGACGUUUCCGAGACAUUUGAUCCAGACAUUCACCCGGACUCUCUGAAAGCUGAGCGAGACGGUGAGGCUUAUUGUAAACACAUAUCCGACAAGCAAAUAACAAAAGGUCAGAUCCUAACCCACCAACAAGUGUUUGUCAGGAAAACAACAGAUGUCUUAAAAAUGACAGAAUCGAAACAGAUGAAAUUGUCCGCAGCCGUGUUCAGAUCUGACUUGGAAACCCCUAGAUACUGCACAGAGGACGGUUGCGAGCUAGUAGGGGUAGUUACUAUGACCCCACCACCAGAGGGGUGGCCAGACGUGCCCAACGUAGAGCAUCAGCUAAUUGUAGGGGAAACAGAACUUAAAAUUCGAGUGGUCGAUAGGACGACUGGAAGCGAGUACGAGUCAACCAUGGAUUUCUUGUAA